UUUGAGAUUCUGCCUUUUUUUUUUCAAAACUUCGAAUUCCCGUUUGCGCUUCUUCCACCCCAAAGGCGUCUGUCCGCUUCUAUUUGUCUACAUCUCCGUGUACUCCUCAAUCUACAGAAACACUACCAAUCAAAAUGGGUAACGGUGCUAAGGCCCAGGCCAAAAGAGACAGGAAUACCAAGGGCGCCGCUGGGAAGGGUGACCAGUCCCAAUUGAAGUCUAAUGCCGCUGCCAUGACCAUCCAGUGUAUAACUUGCAAGGCCGUCUUCCAAGGCACCUCUAAACAGCUUGUUCUUCAGCAACAUGUUGACUCCAAGCAUCCUAAGUCUGACAUCAAGACCUGCUUCCCCACUUUCGCUGCCGUUUAGAUGAGGAACAGACGUUCAUUAGUUUAAUCAUAGCUUAUGAGUAAGGCGUGUAGCAUCAUAUCUUUUCGUUUGUUUUAUCCAGGUCGGCGAGCCUGUCGAAUUAUUUGUGGUAUUACUGGGAUGCAUAUGUUGAAAC